AAGAGACACGUGAUCUCGUGUCAGGUCUCUGCACCCCACUCCGGACAGCGCGAGGCUCUCAACGCGUCAUUCUCACGACAUACGGAGACGAGGACAACAUUGACGAACUCAAAUUUGGGUGGGCUGCCACUUGUCUUGUGUUGCAUUUUGAUCGCCAAAUUCCGGAGGACCUAAAGAAUUGCCCCUAUUCAAGCCUUCAGUUGUGCAGCUGAAGGGCGAAGGCAACAUGGAUGAUGCCGAUUCGGCCAACCCGCAGCUGCUGGCUUGGGUCAAAGAAUGGCUCGAUCUUGCGCGCGAACGCAAUUCAAAAGGCGUUACAACGUACAGAACUGCCUAUAAUUCGUUAAAAGCAUGUCCAAUCACCUUUGAACACCCUGCACAGUUGCAGCAACUCAAAGGUUUCGGCCCCAAACUUUGCGAACGCCUUGAGCAGCAAUUAAAGAAAUACUGCGAACAAAAUGGUCUGCCUAUGCCCCCACACCCAAGGUCUCGUAAGGCGAUGCCAGUUGCUGGAGUCGACAAUGGCGAGGGCUCUUCAAAGCCUGCCAAAAAGUCACGGAAACCCAAAGCAUAUGUUCCUGCUUUACGCUCUGGAGCCUAUGCCUUAGUGGUUGGCCUUUCCACGUUAGAUGAAGACUCUUCUGCUGGAAUGACAAAGACGGAACUCAUUGAAGUUGCACAACCGCAUUGCGACUCAUCUUUCUCGGCUCCUAGCGACCCUACCAAGUUUUACACUGCCUGGAACUCGAUGAAAACUUUGUUGCAAAAGGAAUUGGUGUACGAAAGAGGACGACCUCUACGGAGAUACGCCUUGACUGACGAAGGAUGGGAAGUCGCAAAACGCAUAAAAGACACAGAGCACUGGCAGGCCGAGAAUGGAAAAGCUGAAAACCCGACUUCAGCACAGCCUGUUAAUCCAGAUUGUCAACUAAUUUCCAAUCGUGGGCCUAGGUCGCCUUCGAUUGAAAUUUCCGAACCUGCGAAAGCGCCUUCAGAAUACCAAAACGUUGUGUCUGAUGGCCCAACAAUAUCAGACGACAAUUCGGUGCCAAACUUUACACCAAUCCGACUACCUCCGGGGUCCUUUACGGUACACUUAGUGCUAGACGUUCGCGAGGUCAGAGCGAAGACUGAUCGCGAUUAUAUGCAAGAGGAGCUAGCAAAACUGGGCGCAAAACCCAUCAUGCGAAGUAUGGAACUUGGAGAUGCCCAGUGGAUCGCGAAAUGCCAUGACCCAAAUCUGCUCGCAUCACAAGGUGCUGAGGGAGCUGAGGUCAUUUUGGACUGGAUUGUUGAAAGGAAACGCCUUGAUGACCUGAUAGGGAGUAUCAAGGAUGGUAGGUUUCACGAGCAAAAGUUUCGCCUGCAGCGCUCAGGUGUGAGGAAAGUUAUUUACAUCAUCGAGGAGAUCUCCAUGGACCCGGAAGUAGCAUCUAGAUAUGCCGAAGCCGUCCGGUCAGCCAUUGCCUCCACACAAGUCGUCAAUGGCUACUUUGUGAAGAGGACGGCCAAAAUGGACGACACAGUCAGGUAUCUUGCUCGCAUGACAGCGAUGCUGAAGCGGACAUACGAGAGCAAACCACUCAACGUCAUUCCUACCAAAAUUCUUACGUCUCAAAAUUAUCUUCCUCUGCUGAAGCACCUGAGAGAAUCUAUAUCUCCAGACUGGUAUAUCACUUAUCCCGCCUUUUCGUCACUUGCAUCCAAGUCAGAGUCUAUAACUCUGCGAGACGUAUUUUUGAAAAUGCUUAUGACUACAAAGGGUGUCACGGGAGAAAGAGCGCUCGAAAUACAGAAGCGUUGGAAAACUCCGUAUGAUUUUGUCAAGGCUUUUGAGGCUUGCGGAAGUGGUGAACAGGGGCUGAAACGCAAACGCGAGCUGGUCUUUAGCCAGACAAGUCAUCUUGUCGGUCGAAAGAAGUUUACCAAGCCUUUGAGCACCAAAAUUGCAGAAGUCUGGGGUGACGCAUAAUAAUUUUGUAUAUGUGCGAUGAGGCUAACGUGUACGCAUACUGGAAAAGAGAGAUAUUCUGAUUAUAGUGAAAGGCAGACGGUACCAACAGGAUGGAAUGGUCGGUGUUUUCAAGGCAAUUGUAUUUAAGUGUCAAUGGUAUCAAGCCAGUAGGAUUCAUGAGCAUAGUGAUACCCAAGAUUAUGAGAAGUACGAAUAAACCUUUAAUGAUUAAAUCUAUCAAGCUCAUGGCUUUCUGCCGAAUCCCUGGGCCACGAUUCUCUCG